AUGUUAUUGCGAGAGGGAGGGUUCGAAGCGCACAAAUGGUGCUCCAAUUGUGACAGCGCACUGAAUGGAGUCCCGCACGAACUCCGUGAAUCUGAUUCUAGUUGUAAGAUCAAUGCGAACGACACUAUUCGAGCUUUAGGACUUGAAUGGAAUCCAAGGUCAGACAGGCUGCAGUUUACGACAAACACAAUAGGUCAUGUGUCUACAAAGCGCGAGAUGCUGUCCGCGAUUAGUAAAAUAUUUGAUCCCUUAGGUUUGAUAGGUCCCAUCUUAACUACCGCGAAGAUCUUGAUGCAAAACCUUUGGGAAAUCAAGUCGGACUGGGAUGAUCCGCUCCCAGAUUCAAUGCUAGACAAAUGGAGGGAAUUUCGGGAUUCCCUAGAUGAUCGUGAGUUAUACGUUCCUAGAUUAGUUGUUGGUACAUCUGUAAAUUGUCGAUAUUCCAUGUUUGGGUUUUGCGAUGCGUCCGAGAGCGCAUAUGGCGCAUGUGUAUACAUACGAUCGGUAAGUCAAUCUAGCGGAGAAACGACGGUUAGGUUAUUGUGCUCAAAGGUGAGGGUAGCCCCUUUAAAGAAGCAAUCUAUACCUAGAUUAGAACUUUGCAGCGCAUUACUACUAUCUAAGCUGAUCGACAAUGUAAAACACGCCGCUCACAUUGAAAUUGACGAGAUACAUGCAUGGUCUGAUUCCAUGGUCGUGCUAUAUUGGCUUCGCGGAGACGUAUCGCGUUGGAAACCAUUCGUAUCCAAUCGUGUGACGGAAAUUGUUGAAAUUCUGCCUGCCGUUCAUUGGAGUCAUGUGAGAGGUUUGGAAAAUCCCGCAGAUUUGAUCUCAAGAGGGGCUUCAUCGGCUCAGUUGAAGGAUAAUUCCUUAUGGUGGAACGGUCCUGGUUGGUUGACAGAUCAAUGCCCUGUUACAAGUAGAGAUUCCAAUGUGAGAUUUAACGACGAUGCUGUAUACAGAGCCGAGGUCGAAGCCAAGAGGUCCACUACAGUUUGCAACCUCAGUGUACCUCAACUAUUAGCCUCAAAUGAAACAAUCAACACGCUUAUCACGGAUUGUUCGGCGUUUACAAAGAUUGAACGGACAGUUGCCUAUUGCAUUAGGUUUAUUCACAACUGCCGUAAAAGACGUGAGGACAGAAUAUUGUCUAAUUUAACUGUGCUUGAAUUGGAGUUUGCAAGGCGCGAGGUGCUCAAGUACUCACAGUCUGUCUACUUCGCGGAAGAACGUAGAUGCCUGCAAAAUAAGCGAGAAUUAAACAAAUCCAGUUCAUUACUUCAGCUACACCCGUUCCUGGACGAGCAUGGCCUGAUCAGGGUGGGCAGACGACUUCAUGCCGCGCCAUGGAGUUUCGAUAGAAAGCAUCCCAUUCUGCUGCCUGUGCAGUGCCGGACCACACGCUUACUGAUUGAGAGAGAACAUCGAGCACUAUUGCAUGCUGGACCCCAAUUGGCAUCAAUACGCCAGCGCUACUGGCCAUUAAACGCAAGAGAUUUAGUGCGACAGGUUUGCCGUUCCUGUGUCUGGUGCGCUAAACACAAUCCAAGAGGACUAACCCAAGCGAUGGGAUCGCUGCCCCGCGAAAGAAUCCAUCCUUCCCGGGCAUUCACAAUCACCGGAGUCGAUUUUGCCGGCCCAAUCAUUACCCUCGUCAACAAAGGACGAGGAAGGAAAACGUGCAAAUCUUACAUAGCGCUGUUUGUUUGCUUCGCCACCAAGGCCAUUCACCUCGAAGCUACAAGUGAGUUAUCCACAACCGCCUUCAUGGCCACCCUGCGUCGAUUCAUCGGUCGUCGAGGCUUGCCAAGGAGGAUCUGCAGCGACAACGCCACCAAUUUUGUAGGUGCCAAACGCGAGCUGCAAGAGCUUUACACAUUUAUCCACGCAUCUAUCAACGGAGAAGUUGGAGACGCAUUGCAAGAAAGAGGUAUAGAAUGGAGAUUUAUUCCCCCUUAUUCACCACACUUAGGAGGUUUAUGGGAAGCAGGAGUUAAGUCUUGUAAAUAUCAUCUCCGUCGAGUCAUGGGCAACACCUUAUUUACCUUUGAGGAACUGGCAACGGUUUUGGUGCAGAUCGAAGCUUGCCUGAAUUCUAGACCCUUGUCACCCCUAUCUUCAGAUCCCUCUGAUUUGGAACCCCUGACACCCGGGCACUUCCUUGUAGGGGGGUCACUUGUUUGCCUUCCAGACAGGGAUCUGGCUACUUUGAAGAUUAACCGCCUUGACAGGUGGGAGUUAGUGCAGCGCUCAGUUCAAGAUUUUUGGAAACGGUGGGCGGCCGAAUAUGUGGCGAACUUGCAAAGCCGCGUCAAGUGGAAGACUCAGCGAGAGAAUCUUCAAGUCAACGAUCUCGUGCUGCUAAAGGAGGAUAACCUUGCGCCGUUAAAAUGGAAAAUUGGACGUGUCACCGAAGUUCAUCCUGGCAUGGACAAUUUAGUACGCGUAGCGACGGUACGCACGGCCACUAGUGUUGUUAAACGUGCGAUUGCCAAGCUUUGUAAAUUACCAGUAGUAGAUGAUUCUAUAAGAGAAGAUUAA